AUGCCACAUCCCACCCAUGUGUCUCCCCCGCGGAAAGCGGCGGUGCAGCCUGUGAAGGAACUAAAGAGGUCAGCAUCAGCCGAAAUUGGACAGAAGCCAGAAAAGAGGACGAAAAGGUCCGCGUCGGUGGCUGAGGAAGCCAACAUCGUGGCAGGCGGCAAGCGUAACUGGCUGAAGGACGGCAGCGUAGAUGAGCGCCGCAUCCGUCUGUUGACAAAAGAAGUCGAGGAACCAAAGGCCGACGGAAAGGUGGUGAUAUGCUAUCUGCAGCGGGAUCUCCGGGUGCAAGAUAAUUGGGCACUUCUCCUGGCGCAGGAAGCGGCGCUCUCGCUGAAAAAGCCCCUCAUUGUGAUUCAUUUGCUCGUCCCGGGCCUCGCAUUCUACCCUUCCCGGCGCCACUUAUCUUUUUUCAUGGGGGGCGCUCGCGAAGUCGAAGAAGAUCUCAAGGCACUGAAUAUUGGUUUUGAGCUGCCCAUAGUCGCCAGCAAAGACCCAAAAAAGAGACUUGAAGAGGCCAAUGAAAAGAUAGAGGAGGUGUUUGCCACGCUCCAACCAGCUCUGGCGGUGUGUGAUUUCAACCCACUCAGGCUGCCGGUGCAGGUCACCGAGGCUCUGACCCGAGUUUAUGCAGAAGGUCUUUCGCCUCUCUACCAGGUUGACACACACGGGGUAGUACCGUGCUGGGUUACUUCCAACAAGAUGGAGACUGCCGCCCGCACACUUCGGCCGAAGCUGCAGAAGCUGAUGAAAGAAUUCAUGUUGCCCUGCCCACCCGUUAAAUUCCAUCCGAUUCCGUGGACGAGCAAAAAGUUGUUCCCGUUGGAUGAGCAAAGAGUUAUGUCCACACUUAAGCCGGAGCCCCCCGAGCCACUGGACUUCUGGAAGCCAGGAACGAGGGCUGCCCUGGGAAUGCUGAAGGCAUUUGCAACUCCGCAGAACCUUGCAAAAUAUGGAAAAGCUCGCAACGACCCUUUAGCCGACGUCCAGAGUGAUUUGUCACCGUAUAUUCACUUUGGCCACAUUGCGGUACACCGCUGUGCAAUGGAAGUGUUCAAGCUGAAGGAGAAGACCACCGACAAAGCCGUCCUUGACGGGGUGGCUGCCUUCUUCGACGAGGUCGUUGUGAGAAGCCAGCUGGCGGAGAACUUCGUUUUCUUUAAUCCUCAUUAUGACGAUGUGAAAGGUGCGCCGGCUUGGGCGCAAGAGACGUUGAACAAGCAUGCAAAGGAUAAACGGGAACCGCAGUAUGAUUUCAAAUCGCUCGAGGAGGGGAAGACGUACGACGACCUGUGGAAUGCUGCACAAAUGCAACUCAUCCGCGAAGGGAAGAUGCAUGGCUUCCUGCGUAUGUACUGGGCCAAAAAACUUCUAGAAUGGACAAAAUCGCCCCAGGAAGCGCUGAAAACUGCCCUACAAUUGAAUGACAGGUAUCACUUGGACGGCACAGAUCCGAACGGUGUAACAGGCUGCAUGUGGAGUAUUGGAGGCGUUCAUGACCAGGGGUUCAAGGAGCGUCCCAUUUUCGGCAAAAUUAGAUACAUGAAUUACCAAGGAUGUGAGCGCAAGUUCGACGUCAAGACGUUUGUAUGCAAAUACCCGGGGGCCGCAGAAAAUGCACUGAGUGCGAUGAAAAAGGGAUUGCUGCCUCCUGCCGGUAAACCACAGGAGGAAGUUGAGGAGGGGUCCACCAAGAAUCCCGAUAGAAUCAAGGAGCGCAUGAUGAAGAAAACAGAGCAGCACGCGGCGGACACCAAAGCAACUGCCCUACCUCGAGAAAAGAAGACCGGUCAGAGGCAAGGAGGACAGACAAAACAAGAGAGGAAGAACAGCGCCGCGGAAGAAAAGGUCCGCUCCGAAGAAACUAGAGAAAUGCAGGAGGCCGAUGCCGGAGUGCAGGAAGUAAGUGCAUGA